UUACGCAUCUGUGCCUUGGAGGCGGCUGGUAAUUAAAAGCAGUGAAUUAAAAGUUGUAUUUUGAAGGAAAGACGCUUCAAACAGAAGUCAUGGCCCGGGCUCAAGAUGAUGAUGAGUCAGGUCCUCUUUGUUGCUGUGAAUAUCUCAGUGAUAGUGGUGAAAAAGGCCAUUUGUUGACGCUCUUUUGUGACUGCCAAGAACUGGAUCAAACCUGCGAUAGGUUGUUCAAGGGGAGAGGGAUUGAAAAAAGUAGCCUGGUCAAGAUCGUUAAAGUCGCUUGUGAUCGUGUACGUAUCCCAACAUGCUUUGGGGCUGGAGCUAGGAGACUCGAUGAACUAAUGGACACGACAGCUAUACCUCCAAUGGUCAUGGUCCCACUAUGGAUUUACAUUGCAUCGUUGCAUCUCUUCGCUACAGUGGCGUCAUUUCUAGUUGUACCAGUAGCGGUUAUGCUUUACUAUCGGUUGGUCUUACGUCACCGACAACGAACUCAGUUUUUUAUGAGUUGGGGCCUCACUUCCGUUUUUCUCAUCUAUGGGACGUUCUAUCUCUACGUCAGUUCUAAAAUCGAAAUCACUCAGUUCAUAUCUUUGACAGUGUUGUUUAUGUUCACCCUCAUAGCAUUUUUUGCCUCAAAACACGGCCCCGGUGUCGUGGCCAAACCAACAGGGGCGUCAGCGACGAAAAACCUGUUUAAAGUUCUGGUGGAAUCGACGGUUGUUCCUGAAAGUGUCUUUGGAGUGCAAAGGAAGAGAAACAUCUCUAAUGAGGGCGAUCUGAACAAUGUAGAAAAUGGGUGCGUGCAUCAGGAGACGUCAGUCAUUGAGAUGAGCAAUCUCGUUGGUGGAGAGCUGCAGGUGUGUAGCGAAUCGACCAAUCAGGGAUCAGAAGACUGGUGCGAUGUCUGUAGGCUGAUGAGACCAGAGCGAGCGGGCCAUUGCCGGAUAUGUGGCCACUGUGUGCUUAGGUUGGAUCAUCAUUGUGUAUGGAUUGAUAGCUGCAUUGGUGCGGGCAACCAUCGUUCCUUCCUACUAGCGGCCCUCUUCUUCAUCGUGGGAGGUCUGUGGGGUGCCUACCUAUCCCUGGAUCAUCUCUGCUCCCUUCAGCUGAAUCAUAUGCCCGAUUGUUCUGCCGUGUACUCAGACAGAAGGACAGCCGUUGUAUUUGUCUCGAUUAUCUACACACUGCUCGCCGUGUGCUGCGUUUUGGUGCUUCUUCUAGAACAGUUCCAUUUGAUCACACACAACUGGACGUACCGGGAACGCAAGCUGGCGGCGCGGUCCCACAGACGAGGGGAAGCACUGGCCGAACGGGACGAGGGGUUCAUCUCCAACUGGGGACACUUCAUUCUCAUGAAGAUUGAGACCGAACCGCCCGACAGAGCCACUAAGUUGACUGUUAUAUAAGGAUUUGAGCAUGUUGAUCAUGAUCAUCAUUUUGAUCAGUUUUAUGCAGUUGCUUAUGAAGUUUAUAUUACUACAGUCGACUCUCGUUAAUACAAAGUCUGUUAAUACAAACUCUGGUUAUAGCAAACGUAAAGCCUUGGUCUCGAUUGUGCAUAUUAUGUGCACAAUGAAUGGGACGGGCACUCCGCUUAUAACCAGUUCGCGUCGGAGGCCGUGUUAACAUGCACUGGCUGUUUUUAUACA